AUGGCAAUAGCGUACGUGAAAACGGACGUUACCACUGACGAUAGUCCAGAGGGCUAUGACAGUACAAAAUUAGCGAUGGAUUAUCACGCAGUGGGCUGGGGUGAAUGUGCCGCCGAAGUGGGCCGUUAUCUGGUUACAAUGGAGGGUCUUGAUGAGCGAGAUCCACUCAGAUUGAGAUUAUUGUCACACUUGCAGAGUUUUCAUAGAGAGCAUCCACCUAGCAAUGCCCCGAUUGCAUCCCAGACUUCGUCACUAACAUCAACAUCGGCAGCUACAAGUUAUGAUGGAUCAGGUAUGCCAUCAAGUGGAGGCAGUGUAGGACCCAUUCUUGGUGGUGGCGCUCUGGGCUGGGGACAGUAUCCAACGCAGUAUCCCCAGCAGCAGCAUGGGAAGCCUUAUCGUCCUUGGGGUGCAGAACUAGCGUAUUGA